AUGAUUGCUCACCUGCCACCUUGGCUGCCUACUGAAAAAGCAGUUAGUGUGAGGGAGGCGAAAGAUGUGGAGGAUGUUGAAGGGAAGAAGGAGGCAGAAUCGACCACAACAUCGUUUCUUUCCCUUGCCGGUCUCAAUUUGGAUCUGGUUCUGGAAAAUGGUGCUCGACUGUACAGCGCAGAUCUACGCGAAUUCGCCAAGGAAAAACCAUGUCCCUCGAAACGCGCUAAGAGAACUAGCAGUUAUAUGGACGAGAGGAUCGAAGAAGAUGCUUCGUCAUCGGUGGCUGAUGUUGACGUCUUUUUGGACAGGCGAGAGAUGAAUCGUCAACUGGGUUUGGAAGGCCAGGCUGGAGCCUUCAUUUGUAAUCUCCUGGAAUCCAAUCCUGCUACUUCAAUUUCUAGUCUCAUCUCGGAGGCAGAUUUAGCAGAUAGCGAUGACACAACCAGUGGUGAUAGUGAAGGGAAUGAUGUUGCAGCCACAUCCACCAAUGUCAUGGAAAGUGUCAAGCGGGCCUAUAAAAAUACCAAACACUCAAAAGUUAUAGCUUGUAGUACUGAGGCGGCAUCGGUCGCAGCGGCGGCAGCAGCAGCAUCGCAGACCGACUGGCCAUUGAACAGCAUGUGCGUACGUCUCCUGGCCGAUCUGUGGAACUGCCGUUGGGAGACUCGUCAUGGAGCUGCUUCAGGUCUCCGUGAGCUACUUGCCUUUCCUCAACACACCCGUCAAGCUGGUGCCAGAAAUGGCGCCUCUGAAAGAGAGAAUCGGGAGGCUAAUCGCGUCUACCUUGAAGAUGUAGCUGUGCGAGUUCUCUGUACUCUUGCUUUGGAUCAGUUUUCUGAUUUCGCCUGCGAUGUGGUUGUAGCCCCUGUUCGUCAGACGGCAGCACAGUUAUUGGGUGUUCUCUGUCUCCACUUGGACGUAGGGCAGGUGAGGCUAGUAGUACAACACCUACUCUGCCUUGUCUCCCUCCUCCGUCGUCAGCAUCAGGAACCACUGAAGCGAUCCCACACGCCCAAAGUCAAUUGGAUGGUGGUGCACGGCGGAUUGCUGGGCCUUAAUUACCUUCUUUCGGCUCGAAAUGAUCUUGCAACAGACCUCCUGCCUUUAGUCUACGGUCCUCUUACGGACGUUCUCUUUCCACAUUGUGAUACCAACAGCAGUGAUGUCACAAAGGAAAGAGUAGAGGCAGAGGCAGGCGAGGAGGAUCUUCGAUGUGCCGCGUGCAUUGCUCUCCUCGCUAUUCCUCGUGAUCUUCUUAUCGGUCAUAGUAAUGCCGUUGGCCACCGUUUGGUGCAUUGUGUUUGGUACCUGCUUGAACGGGCGUCUGUGGAGCUGUCUCCUGUCACAGGCCCCCUCUUAACGCUUGCUUCGAGAUUGAUUGAUCAUUCGAUCUCGCCUUUAGAGGAGGAACUCGGAGGAAAAGAUGCAGCUACAGCGGGGGCAAACAUAGGGCAGACCUCCGAGGCGGCGGAAGAAUUUACCAGACGUGUAGUUUUGAUCCUCAGCUUCCUACACCACUCCUCUUCCGAUAUUCGUCAAACUGCCAUCCAGACUCUCGAUUCUUUGCUGUUUCUGCGUAUUUCUAAGAUUCACCAUCAAAUGGAACCUCCUUUGCUGGAGUGUGUGUUCGAGCAGCUCUUCCAUCGUGUCCUCUUCGAACUUGACCCCAAGAACAUUCGAUCCAUCAGCGAUCUUUGGCACAGAUUGGUCAAUACGGUGCCGGUUGGGCUGCUGGCACAAGCCACUCUCAAUCGUUUGGACUUUUGGCUAUGUCAGGCCAUGCAACCCACAUCCAUGCCCUUCGCCGACACUAUGCUGCGCAUCCAAACUUCUGCCACCAACCACGAGACAGCUCAGGCCUACUACAUCGGUGGCUAUGAGUUGGGCGCCACUAGCGAACGUGUACGACAAAGUUUGGCCCUCGAGACACGAAUCACUGCCACUGCACUACUGGCGAGUCUAAGCAGUCGAUUGUGCGAGAGUAAUCUUUCUACGAUUGUUGCGGCUCCUGCUGCUGGCACGGCAGAGCUUACCUCGAUGGAAGUUGAUGGAAGCGGAAGCAGCUAUAGCUCCGAUAGGGAGAUGUCUAUAAGCACCUACCUGUUGGAACACGUAGUGGCCGGUACACAUUUGCGAGACCGUCUGGGCAUGCAACGCUUUAUUGGCAGUCUCCUGCUAGCUGCGUGGCCUCCUGAAGCUACCUUCAACACCGCUGCUACUAUUGAUGCUAGUGCUAACAGCGAGUUGCCGAGUCGGUUGAACAGCUGUCUAACAAAUGUGGUCUACUACGAGGAAAUAUUAGGCGCUUUCAAGACAAUGCACGAGGAUUGUCACCGACUGAGGGUUCUCUGCGAUGCCGCAAAACUGCAAAUUAAUAUGGAGCCUCCGAAGGCUGGUGGAAGCGUCAUGAACUUGGUGGAGUGCAAAACACUUUUGCAGCGCGUUGACGCUGAAUUGGCUACGUACGGUCCUGCUUCCACCUCUGCCGAAACCAGUGGGAUUAAACUAACGGAAUUGGCACUUGAGGAGCUUCAACGCGCAUUACAAAAAGCCCAACUAUCUGUCAGUCGAUGCCUUUCUUUGCAGCUCUUCUGGAGUUCGCGCGUGGAACUCUCUCUGUCCUCAGCUAUAGUAAACUUUGGUUGGGUCACACCUGGCCGUCUGACUCCCCUUAUACGUCCUUUUAUGGACACAAUUCGUGGAACCACUGGCAGCGCCGCUGGACAACCUCUGAAUGACUUUGACCUACCACAACCCAGUGAAAACCUCCGCCUUCAGCGUCUUGCGGCAUGGAAUCUUGCUCGCCUCCUUUGGAGCGAGUCUCGUCAAACAGUAUCCAGUCCGAGAUCAUCUGCACCAUUGUUCCCGACUUCAAAGGCUUUGGCUAAAGUGACGCAGAACUUGGCCAAAUACAUACUACCAGAUGAAUUUGCUGAGUGGGACGCUCUGGUAGUGAAGGUAAUGGGAGAUCGUGGAGGAGAGGAUGUAUGCUUGACGGCGCUGCUGAUAAAACAAGCGGAGGAAAAAAUGUCCACAAAUGGGGAAAAGGAAGACCUUAGUGUUUGUAGUGGUGGCUUUGGCUCUACGAUAGCAAGUCCAACUGGGUCUGUAGCUGCAGCAAUUGCAAAGCAAUCCAUAUCACAACUUCGCCGCUGUGGCAGUUUGAUGACACUAGUUGCUCUUCUGCAAACCUUUACUGCGGAUGUAGACUUCACAAAAUCCACUUUAGAGGAGGUUCUGGCUCAAAGGCUUCCCACACUGUGGCAGCUUCUUUGGCUCGAACCCCUUGUUAUUCUACGUCGAAGUGCCAACAGUUCCGUCGAAGGUGGAUUUAGGGAGGAUGUUGAAUUUCUGCAUCGACUACAAGCGCUGUCCCUAUCCGAGCCAAGUAGUCAUGAAACCCCAGCUUUAGUCAUGGAGGUGCUCUGUCGGUGCCUAUAUCUCCUACCAGCGGUUAUCUUUGUUGCAUUGUCACAUUCCACCAAUACUACCACCAUAACAACAAGGCUUAUUAUCACGGGUAUGGUCGCUCUGACAAUAUGCUGUCUUCGUGUCAUCUCCACAUCGUCUUCAUAUUCGUUAUUGUCGCCACGUCUUCGCUUCACCGCGGCGCAUACUCUUGCUGUCAUUGCCGCCUCCCACUUCACUCUCACCGUUACAGUCCUCAAUUCGCUUCUCCUUUGUGUCAUAUCCGCCGACACCAUAUCAGAUAGUGAUAGGGUGGCUGUUCUAGCGGCUGUCUGUCGUAUCCUUUUAUUUAUCUCCAAUGGCUACUUCGACUAUGAGAUCAUUGAUUGCAUUCUGACUCCCCAACCCGAAAAUAAAGUCUUCCUCGGCCUUCAGCUGGUUCCCUGCAACCAGCCUCUCUCACCACAUCUCCAUGGCGUCACUUUCAAGGAGGUUGGCAGUCCUCCCACUGAUGUCUCAGGAUCAGCAUCGACACCAACACCACUGCAGUCCCUUUUAGCUUAUGUGGUGAUAAUGGUGACAUCUCUUGUGCUACCGCACUUUGCUGACACACGAAGCGAUGUACGGCUCCUUGCUUCCAAUGUCUUUACCAAACUCCUUGUCCUCCUGCCUUUCGAGAAGAUACUGAAGUUUAUCUUGGGCACCACUGCCACGGGCAUCACUCUUGUUAGCAAAGGCUCUUUUUCCGUUCUCAAGGAGUCCGCCCCAGAACUGACCGAUCCUGGCCUUCCUCUGAGCCUGCAGAGAGCGCGAGAGAAAGGUCGCCACUUCGUUCAGUGUCUGCUGCGUCCAAGGGACAUUCGCCUCUACGUUCCGGACGAAAAUGUUCGUGCAGAGUUGCGACCCUAUCAGCAGGCAUGUUUGUGGUGGGCCCUCAAUGAGCGGUUGCUUCAGAGGAAUUUCGAAGGCGUAAACUGGCUGCUCUUCCUCAAACAGUACGGUCUUAACGGUAUCUUGGCAGACGACUUGGGUCUGGGCAAGACCUUGCAGACUAUCUGCGCUCUCGUCUCCCAUCACGGCCGCAAUAACCGUAACUGUUCCCACGUCUGUCGCAAGUCAAGCAGCAGAGAUAGAGAAGGCGGUAUCUCGUUGGUGGUCUGCCCAGCCACUCUCUGCACCCACUGGCACUCCGAAGUGGCACGCUUUGUACCUAACUCCCGACUACUUGCACCUCUCGUCUAUGUUGGUAAUCCGGAUCAGCGAGCAGCCCUUCAGAAGAGGAUUUUAGACGGUUGUAACCUCCUGAUCACUACAUAUGAAGUGAUCCGAAACGAUAUUGCAUUCUUUCAGAAAACGUUUUGGGAGUACUUGAUACUUGAUGAGGGUCAUAUCAUCAAAAAUGCCAAAUCAAAGAUUUCGUGCGCGGUGAAGAGGUUGCGUGCCCGUCACCGCCUCAUUUUGACGGGCACGCCGGUGCAGAAUCGGGCGAGUGAGUUGUGGUCGCUCUUUGAUUUCCUCAUGCCCGGCUUCCUCGCUCCCUCGGAGGGUGCUUUCAAUGCUCGCUUCGGCCGUCCUCUCCUUGCUACGCGCGAUCCAAAGGCCAGUGCCCAGGUGCAGCAGGCAGGUCAGCAGGCGCUGGAGGAGCUGCAUCGCAUCGUGAUGCCUUUUGUUUUGCGCCGUCUUAAGGAGGAGGUUCUGCAAGAUCUCCCCCCCAAGGUCAUUCAAGACUACCUCUGCACCAUGACCCCUCUCCAGUCAAAACUCUACGAAACCUUCUCAAAAACACUUGAAGGACAAGAAACCAUAAACAUGACGCUGGACGAUUCCACCUCCACUGUACAUGACUUGAAGGGCACCGCUGGGGGUUUCCGAUCCAUAAAGUACCUUUUGGCGGUUUGCAACCACCCUAGUCUGGUUCUUUCUCCCGAACAUCCUCUUUAUGACUGGGCGUUGGAGCACUGCUCAGAAAAUAGCUGUGGGUUGGAUGACUUUCGCCUUUCAGGGAAGAUGAUGGCGCUAAGGCAACUCCUGAUAGACUGCGGUUUUGGCGACUCUCGAAGCAUCGGUAACAACAGUGGAGGAGAUGGCAUCGGAGGAGGUAGUUGUUUAGCUGAGGAUGCGCUGUCGGUUGCGGAGGUUGAGGAACAGAGCGAUCUCCUGAGGCAACAUCGUGCCCUCAUUUUCUUCCAGACUAAGAAGAUGCUCAGCCUUGUCGCACGUCUACUAGAUACGGAAUUCAAGGGCCUCGUGCAUCUACGUCUGGACGGUAGUGUCUCGCUAAGUGCUCGUGAGGCCUUGGUCACUCGUUUCAAUGCCGAUCCUUCUAUUGACGCCCUCCUCCUUACCACCGCAGUCGGUGGCCUUGGCCUGAAUCUGACGGGCGCAGACACGGUAAUUUUUGUAGAACACGACUGGAAUCCCUGCCGUGACCUUCAGGCCAUGGAUCGAGCACACCGCAUCGGUCAGCGACGUGUGGUUUCCGUCUUCCGCCUUCUCACUGCAGGCAGCAUCGAGGAGCGAAUUAUGAGUCUGCAGACGUUCAAGCGUCAUGUAGCACGCACCCUCAUUUCCCAACCCGACAAUCAGGCGCUGGGAGAGAUGGAUACCAGUCAACUGAUUGAUAACAUGGCGGCAGCAGCGAUGACAAGGGAAGGUGUAUCGGUGCUGACAGACAAUAACACUGAAAGUAGUGCGGAAAAGGGACUGAGCUGGGGCGAUGCGGAAGUGGAAGAGUAUGCUGCAGAGUACGAUAUGCGCGAGUUCUUAGCCCGGCUGCCUCGAGACGACUGUUAA